AGCGGGGGAGGGAGGGCGGGCCUCCCGGCUGCCUAACCUCCGCCCGGCUCAGCCAACGGGCCAGUGCCAGCCCCGCGCCAGAGCCUCCGCGCCGCGCCAGCAUGUUCGGCGUCCAGCAACACGUCCAGCCGACGCCGCUGCUGCCUCCGUCCUGGAGCUCCCGCUCGCAGCCGGCCGUCCCGUCUCCGCCGCGGGGCUACUGCCCGGUGCCGCCGCCGCCGCCGCCCUCGCGCUCCUGCUUCGACCCCUGCUUGGCGCCGCCGCCUUCGCUGCCCGCCACGCUGCCCCGCACCCGCCAGAGCCGCCCGGCCCCGCUGCCCCUGCAGGGCCAGCCGUGCCCCGAGCCCUUCCCGCCGCAGGAGAGCUGCAACGGGGGCGGCAGCCUGGUCUACGAGCGGGUCCGCACCUACAGCAGCCCCGGCGGGAAGCGGGUGCAGCUGCUGGACGCGCCCAACGGCUGCUCCCCCCGGGCGCUCUCGCCCUUCGACGCCAGCCCGGGUUACCAGCACGUCAUCUGGAGCAGCGACCCCCCGUUGCAGGAAGUGCCAUCUCCAUCCCUGAAAUUGUCCCCUUAUUCCCAGGGCAGCAUGCGAAGGAUUAUCUUGGAGAACCCUGAGAAGGAACCACUGUCUCCACUUCUGAGAGGAGGGAAUAAUGUGAUCUAUGAAAAGACAAUAAGGAAAUACGAGCUGCUAAAUCCAGAUGAGGAGAAGCAGUACCAAUACCUGCAGCAAACCGUGCCUGACCAAUGCCAAGUCAGCCAGCCAGUGGAACGAAUCCAGGUGGUUCAGCAAUGCCAACACACAACCAAUGCCUGUGACUCUACUCCUGUCCAUAUCAAUGAUGUCGGAAAGAGCAGCAUUAAUAAAGUGAUCAUAAAGACAUCUGAACCGGUGAAGUGCACCCAGGAGACAAAUGACCAGCUGGACUGCCGCUACUUUGGAGAACUCCUAGCAGAACUGCACCGCAAGAGCAACGACCUGCACAGCUGUUUGCUCCAGCAUGUUGAGAAGCUGGGCGGAAGAAGAUGCGAUCUGGAAUCUCUGAAUGAUAGAGAGGAUAUUGAGAGCUUGAUUCCUAAAGGGCUUUCAGAGUCGACAAAACAGCAGAUCCGUUACCUACUGGAGAUGAGAGCAACAGCUGAUAAGUCCAUGAAGCUGGUCCUUGCCACCUUCAGCAACCUUCGAGAGGAGCUUGUACACCUUCAGGAUGACUUAGGGAAGCUGGAAAUGGACAAGAUGCUGCUUGAGAAAGACCUGUCUUUCAAAGAAGCUCAAGUGAAAGAAUAUGAGAUGAUGUUGGCCUCUGUGCGUGAGAACAAUCGUCAGCAGCAGCAAGCCCUCCGCGAAUACACUCUGAAGUGCCGUUCCCUGGAAGAACAGCUGCUGUCUCUCCGUCACAAUGACAGCGAGCGGGAAUUCCGGCUGAAAGACCUGGAAUACAGCAAACGAGCUUUGGAGCAGGAAAUCCAGAACUUGAGACUCCAGGCUUCCACCAAUCCUCUGGGCCAAACCACCACCGAUGAACUUUCCAGCCGCUACGUAGAGAUGAUCAACCAACUCAGAGAGGAUAAAGACCGAGAGAUCCGCAAUCUGCGGUGCUCAUUGUCCGAAUUCCAGAAGGAUUUCUCAAGGAAGCAAGGGAGCGAUGUUGACCUUCAGAUGAAGGUGCAAGACCUGAUUCUCAAGCUGGAGGACAGGGAGGCCUGCAUCAAACGACAGGAGGAGGAACUCUUCAGAUUGAGGCAAGAAAAAUUAGCCAUCAACCCAUCCCAAGGAAUCACAAAGACCAUCAUCACAAAAAAAUACAGGAAUCAUUAUCCCAUCCUCGGCCUCCUGUCAGAUGACUACAAAACUACGUCAUCCGCUGUUGGGGAAACCCAGACGAUUGUGAUUGAAAAAUCUGGAGACUCCUGGAAGCAGGAAUCAUUUACUUCUGAUUAAAGAGCUGCUGGCUUCUUUCAAGAGCAGAUCUGCUGGACAAGUUGUGGCUGAUCAGAAGAUUCUGCAUCAAAAUGAAUAUCAUUGCGUUAUUGUUUUCGCUUGCCCAUUGCCUUCAUGUAAUGCUUAAAAAGUCUGAGAUAAUUCUGGAUCAGCCAGGGUUGGAAGGAGUUGUGAAAGCACACACUACCAAAUGCAGCGUUUGAACAAGUUCAGAGGCUGCAACAGUGGAUUGCUACUUUCAAACUUCAUUGGUCAACUGAAGCAAUGUAUGGAUGUGUUGAUAUCAGGAUGGGAUGUGGGCUGGAGAAGUCAGAAGCCACAUGCAUGCUAGCCUCUGUCUUCUCCCUUUUUACUCCAAAGAUCUGAGAAACUAUAUCUGAUACUUGCCUGAUGCUUCAGUUUGCAGAGAUCAAUAAUUUUUGAAUAAAUGUUUUUUUUUCUUUAUUGGAAAUGUUCAGUCUAUUACCAAUAGUAUCUAGGAAUCUGUAAAGAUUCUCAGCCAUCCAGGUCAUGGUUGGCCCAGAGGGGUUUUUUUCAGGAGACAACUGGACUUUCUUGUUUUUUCUUUGAAG